AUGGGUUGGCAGCUGGAGCUUGAAAAAAAGCUUGAGAAAGUAAAGGGAAAUGAGGAUUUAUGGGUUGUUAUAGAAGAUGGAAUAGUUGAAAUUCUAGAAAGAGAAGAGGGAAAUGAGCCAAUAAAGAUAGGUAAAAGCUUAAAAAGAAAAAUUUUUGAGAUUUUAAAAGAUUCUUUAAAAGAUAACAAUUGGUCUUGUUGUAAUAGUUGUUUAAGAUUUGUGUGGACAUUGAUACAGUAUAAAAGUUUGAAAUAUAAUGAUGUUGAUGAAAAAAAUAUUAAGGUCCUCAUGAAUGUGUACUAUUCAAUAGUAUCCGUAUCUCAGAAAAAUCAAGUUGUAGAAUUGGAAUUUGCUACAUUAUUAAGAAAUAUUACAGGGUUUUUUAUGUCAUGGGUGGAUGAAUAUUAUUUGGAAAUCAGUAAGAUGGAUAUAGAGGAGGCUGGAACAAGGUACAUUAAUGACCAGACUCCGUUUUUUAUGAAAGAUAAGGUAAUGCUUGAAAAGUAUAUCCAUAGCUUAUUUGAACUGUUAACAAUGAUUGAACCAAAAAGGUCAAAUUGCAAUGGAGUUUUAGAGUAUUUAUAUAUUGGUCAUAGUUUUAUACUUUCAAGUAGAUAUGCAGCAGAAACCUAUACAAUGAUACAGCAGAUUUCAAGCAUUCAGAAAUCUAACUGUUAUUUGCCUUCUUCAUUUAUGGAAAUGUGUGUAAAAAGAUUUUUGUCAUGUCCAGAUUUUGAUUUACAGCUUAUAUUGGGGGAAUUGAUUUGGAGGGUUUUAAAAAAAUCAAACUAUGUAAGGGGUUACUCUCAAGGAGAUAAUGAAGAAUAUAGCUUUAUUGAAAUAUUUAGAUCAUCAUGGCCAGAAGGUUUAAUACAGAUUAGAUAUAUUGGAACGGAGAACUUUGAUUUCUCUUUUAGGGGAUUAUUAACUCCAUGGAACAAAACUUGCAACGGAAAUGGAAAAAAUAUUUGGUCAUUGUCUGGGGUAUUAAUUCAGAUGCAGGGUUUAGAAAUAAAAUUGGUAACAGUAAUUGAUAUAUGUGCAUUUAGUAUUGUAUUUCACAGUGAUAUAGAUGAAGAGGAAUUCCAAAGUAAUCAAUCCAGAUAUUCAAAUGAGAUGGGGAACACAGAGGAAAAAGAUUUAAAGCCAUUUGUUUCAACAGCUGAAAUACCUUAUUGGACUAUUCAAUCUGUUGUAUACGAUGAUGAUAAGAAUAAUCUUCACAUAAAUGUGGUUUUUAGUGAAAUUCUGGAAAUAAGGCAAAGCUGGACAGGUAUCUUUUCAACUAAUAUUGAGAAUUUACAAAGUAAUCCCAAAAUGAAGAAUGAAAUACUUAAAGUAUCAUUAAAUAUUGAUGAAGAGCAAGCAUAUCAAAUAAUGGGUAUAUUUAAGGCAAGUAAGAUCGAAAAGAUUCAAGGGAUGAAACAUAUAGAAACACCUUCAAAAAAAGUUUCAAUAGUGGAUUCCAGAAUGGUUUCAAUUAAAGAAUUGAAUAAAAUGGAUCAAAAUAAUAUUAUUUUAGAAAGUGUUGAGAAUAAAUAUCGAAAUUUUGAGAAUGUUAAGAUGUCAAUUGCUACAUCAAAAACAACCUCAAACAAAAACAAUUUAUAUGAUCAAGUUGAUAAUAAUGGGAAAAGGGUUAGCUUUGUUUCAUCUAAAGAGUGUAAUCAGGCAGAUUCUGAUAAGAGGAGUAGUAGUUUGGUAAUUAAAGAAUUGGAAAAAGAGAAUAUAAGAUUAGAUUCGAAUACUUCAGAAUCUCAAAAAAAAAAGAGCAAGGCGGAUGUAAUAAUAAUUGGAUUAAUCAAUGAACAGAAGAAGCUUACUCAGGAGAUAAUGAGCUCUGAGAGUUCUUCUGAAAGCUCAGAACCUGAUUUAGAUCUUACUGAGAAAGAGGCUCAAGAAGAUACUAUGAAUAUUUCUAAUGCUAAAUUAAUAGAUAAAAGUAAAGAAACAGAUAAGAAAGUAAAAUUAGAAGCCAAAAAAGAUGAAAGAAAUUUAAACAAUAAAGUCAUUGAUAAUUUUAAAGACUAUGAUUUAGAAGGAAAUAGGGUUGAUAAUAAAGGAAAUAAGUGUAUUCGGACAUCUAAGAACCCUAAAUUAAAAGUAAUGAGUAAGACUUUAAAUGAAAAUGAGAUAGAUAUUAAAAUUGGAAAAGAAAAUGGAAGGCUUGAAUUAGAAGAAGAGAAUAAGGAGAAAAGAUCAAAUCUAAAUAAUUUUAAAGUUUUGGGUUCUGUAUUAGAUGAGAAUAGUAAGGAUUCACACAAACUUGAAUGUAACAAUGUAAAGACAACAAGAGGGUUAAAAAAAAAGGAAAGAACCAACAAAGAAGUCCAGUCAUGUAAAGACAAGGAGGAAAAGGCAAAUAAAAUGGUAAAGGCUACUUCUAAAAAGUUUAUAAACCUUAAAAAAGGAAAGAAGGUAGAGACUAAGGGAAAAGGGAUGGAUGAAGAGAAGACAAUCAACGAAGAAAAUUUGGGAAAAAAAGAAGAGGAAGAAUUAAGAAAGAAUAAAGAAAAUGAAGAGCUCAUGAAAGAGAAAGAAGAGUUGAGAAAGAAAAUGGAAGAAGAACUAAAAAGAAAGAAGGAAGAGGAACUGAGAAAGAAAAUGAAAGAAGAAGAACUUAAGAGAAAGAAGGAAGAAGACCUUAAAAUAGCAAAAGAGGAAGAACUAAAAAGAAAAAAGGAAGAGGAACUGAGAAAGAAAAUGGAAGAAGAAGAACUUAAGAAAAAGAAGGAAGAAGAGCUUAAAAUAGCAAAAGAGGAAGAACUUAGGAGAAAAAAAGAAGAGGAACUGAGAAAGAAAAUGGAGGAAGAAGAACUUAAGAAAAAGAAGGAAGAAGAGCUUAAAAAGGCAAAGGAAGAGGAACUUAGGAGAAAAAAGGAAUAUGAGUUAAGAAAGAAAAUUGAGAAGAAAGAAGAAAUUAAGAGAAAAAAGCAAACGAAUAACGAAAAAGAACAAGAAAAGAAUAUAAUAAAGGCCAAACAUAAUGAAAUAGAAGGUGUUUCAAAAUUGAAUUUAGCUGAAAAUCGCUUUUUAGAGAAUAAUGUGGAUACAUUUAAUGGUUUUAAAGAUAAUCAUGAUGGAAAAGAAGAAAAGAAAGUUAAUUUCCCAAUAUCAACUUUAGACCAAACAAAUAAAAGAGCAUCUGGGCUAAAAAGAGGCAGAUUUAACAAGGAGUAUAAUGAACUGAAGAUAGGUGUAGCUCAUGAAAGAAUUAGUUACAAUACUGUACGAGACAUAGUUUUUGGAAGAAAAAGUCCAGAGAAGAAGAAUUCAAAUCCAGAAGUGAGUGUUGAAUUCAAGGAAAAUAAAGAACCUCCAAAAAAAGGAAAUAAAAAAAAGAAUGAGGUAUUUACUCCCGUAAUAAAGAAAGUAGAAGCUCCAAAAGCUUUUGAGGAUAGUAUAGAUAAAGAAAAGUUGAAGAGUAUAACUAUGGAAAACGAUACUACUUGCCCAACAAGAAUUAAAGCAAGAGACGAAAAAGACAAAGAUGAAGAGGAGAAGAAUAAGAUGAUCAUAGAAAAAGGAAAAACCAAACAAAUUGAAGAGAAUGACGGGGAGAUUAGGUCAAUUGUUCCCAUAGAAAUAGCAGUUCUUGAUAACGAUUACCCAAUUUUGGGUAGUUUUGACGAAUUCAAGGAAUAUGAAGAAAUUGAAAUGAAAAAAAGAAAGUAUUCAUCUGAUUCUAGAUCAGAUAAAUUAUUGAAUAUGUGGAUUUCAGAAAUUAAAGGAACAAACUCUGAUCAAAUUUUGCAAGAUUCUAAUGAUAAUGAAGAGAAAACUCCAAGAAUCAUUAAUAUUGGGUUAAAUAAUAAAAAAAAGAAUAAAGUGAAACAAAAGUCAAGGUCAAAAAUAAAGGAGGUAGCUGAAAAUUUAUAUUGUUUGGAAGGAAAGAAAUCUCCAGAAGUUUAUUUUGAUAAAACAGAAAAUUACGAUACGGAAGAGAGUAAGUCAGUAAUAUUUUCCGGAAUAAAUAAAAUACUUGAGCAAGUCACAGAAGGUGAAAAUAAAGGUUUUAGCUCAUUGAAUUCAGCAGAUCUCUGUGAUAACUUAUCAUGCAUAACUGGAACUGAGAUAAUUGAAGACAUAGUGGGGAAAUCAAAAAAAAGAGGAUUCUGUGAUUACUCUUUAAAGUCUUUCAACUCUGUUGGUAAAAUGUCCAUAGAAGAUUCUAUUUAUAGUCCAGAUACAACUUUUGAUGAUAAUAUUACGGUAACUAAUUACAGUUUUAUAGUUAAGAUGAAAGAGAACGACAAUAAUGAAAGUAAUAAUCAGAGUGAAAGUUAUUGUGGAUUACCAUCUGAACUUUGUAUUUCAAACGUUAAAUUAGAUGAGAAUAAACAACUCGAGAAUGCGUUGGCAAAAUUAGAAACAACUAGUAAAGGGCUCUACGAGAAGUGCCAAAAGAAAUUGGAAACUUACUUUUUAUUAAUUAAAAGCCAUAUUGAGAAUAUUUGGGAUAAGAAAAUUAACAUAUUUGCUCAAAAAAGGAAGGAACUUACCUUAAAAGUUGAAGCAAAUCGAAUUCAAAUAGAAAAUGACUAUUUAAAUUUGAAAAAAAAGUAUAUGACAGAUUUACAAAUCAUUGGUGAGAAAAUUAAUAAGGAAAAGACAAAGCUUAAGAGGGAGAAUUUGGAAAAGGAUAAAAAUACAGAUGGGCAAGAACAAGGUAAAUUAUCUAUUGGAAAGAAAGUCUUAUUUGGGUUAAAGGAAGAAAUUGAAAGAGAAAAAAAGAAAGUACAAAACAGCAUCAAAUUAUUAUCUGAAAAAAAACAGAUGGAGAAAAAUAGGUAUAGAAAGUCCACAACAAAAAAGUUGGAUUUAAGACAAAUAUUGAAAAGUAUGAUAAUUAAUGAAGAAAGUGAAUAA